AUGCAUCGUCCCUGCAGUGCCUAUAAAAUCAGUAUUUUAUGGCCGUCAAUGUUGAUAUAGAUCUCCUGGUACUUGAGAGGCUUUGAAUGUGCCUAAUGCGCAUGGAAGGCGUUCGUUUAGCUUUCAAAUUUGGUUCUUGGAAACCAACAAAGCAGGUCAGUGCAACAAGUUUAAAAGGCGUCCAAUAGCUGUCCCCCGUUUUAUUGGGCGUCCCGUGAGGGCAACGCCCAAUCACAAAAUUGAGGCCGCCUCAUCUGAAUCCCUCAUCUGUGCAGCAAAAAGACAAAAUGGCGGACAGAACUCCCAGAAGGCUCUGCGUGUCCCAUUCCUUAUCAAUGGGGCCAAUUUCUGCGAAGAGGCGACAGGUCAUUUCAGGUCAUCUGGGGAACAGAAUUGAUUGAUUUGGAACGAGCACAAAAUUAUUGCGUGGAGUUAUUAAGCCUAUACCUAUGCCGAAUGAUUAUCUAAAUACAGUAUUCAGCUUGUGCAAGAGUAGGGGAAACAAUGCCAUCCCACGAUCCUCAAGGGAAAAGCUUUAACCUGUUGCAAUUCUCUCCCUACGUGUGGGUCGAAAGUAAACAAGAAGGAAUAUACUAUUUGUAUUUGUAUUCACGUGGCCCCGGGGGCGGGGGGGGGGGGGGGGUUUUUUACCCCCUAUCCUAGAGUAGCUGUUUCCCUAGUCUAGAUAAAAUCUUCAACCAACUGAUCAGUUUCCUGAGAAAUGAUACCCUAUUCUAGACCCAAACGCUCUGAUUUAUAUACCCUAUCCUAGAGUAAACUGCUUGAAAACCAUACCCUUCACAGCAGCACAUACCUAUAUAGCCCAUAUUUGGCAGUACCCCCCACCACCCCGGUCACAUGGAUAGUUUGAAGGGCUUUGGAAUUAUUUUUAACUGGGACAUUUCCACAACUCACCCCCUUCCCUAGUCUGUGUACAGACCCUCCCCCUCCCCUUAGAUUUUUCCUGGGGGGAGGGGGAGGGAUCUGUACACAGGCUACCCCUUACCCCAUCCCUCUGCCACCAAUUAUAAUAGCAUAUGACAGUACUAGCGUAACUAAUCUGAUCUAACCGGAAAUUCCAAAAAUUAUUGUCAUUCUACGCUUACAGAAUUUGACAGGGUCAGUUUUGGUGGUUUUUUAACAGUAAUUUCUGUUCUUUAAAUCUUGCAAAGCAAAUUAAGUUUCAGUUUUCUGUCGGAUAUUGCAUUCAAUCGUUUGUCGCUUUAAAAGGCUAUCUCCAUCCCACUCCACGGCCUCCCAAUGAACUCCCACUAUGGGGGUCUUGUUUAAUUUUAUGAAUUUAGCAAAUGUUUGAAAUUGAUAUUACCUGUAUUUGUUAUCAUUGCAUGAUUUCCUAUUACCUUUAUUUUUGUAUGCAUGAUUUUACCUUACUUUAAUAUACAGAACAAAACUGUAAUCUUCCAACGUAACAGCACUCACAUUCUCUAGGAGAGGAAGGAGUUUGGGCAACAUUGAAGGGUUUCCUGAGUUCGGAGCAGUGUAUGACAUUUUGCAGACUGCAGACCGCAGACCACAAACUAUACAAAUGUAAAUAAUUGAACAAAACCAAAAAUAUUGUGAUAAAGGUGGUGUCAUCAACAACAUUACCUCAUUCCCCAGCUUCUAACAAAGUGAGAAAGUUUGAUAUUUUCUACUAGUUUUCUCUCGUCAAAAAUUCCACUCAUCAUUGCGAUUUCCUUUGCUAUUCUUGACCAGUCUAGAGUCAUUCUCAGUUUUGUUUUUAAGGGCCAAGCUGGGUGAGUGCAUUGCAUUGUAAUUAACACGGCCCCCGACUAAAAUGAUUGAUGGAACAGAAAAAACCAUUCAAAGUUUGCAAAUGUGCAGCGCGAUACAACGAAUUUGGCUAUAACAAGGCCAUUGUCAAUUUGAAAGGAAAUUGGAAACGCAAUUCUGGUGAUUUGUUGAGUCCAUUGCAGGCACAUAAUCCUCCCCACCCCACCCCAACCAAAAAACAUACCUCAGUAUCAAUGGAGUCAGAUUCAUUUUAGAUUAUUUGGCAUAUCCCUAAGUACCAUCAAGAUGAAAUAUUUGUGUUUUUUUCAAAAGGUGUCAAAUAUCCUUGAUCUAUAAUAGUUGUUUUUUACAUAACUGUAAUGAACAUGAUCCAAAAACUUUCUUUACAGAAGACCACUAUUUAGACAGGUAUUAGUUGGCAAGACUACUUGUCAUUAUCACAUAAUAAUCCAAGAAGAGGCAGAAAAAAUCAUACUGAAACCUGAAGUCAGGACAUCAGUGAUACGACCCAAUAAAGGGUCGGUGAAGAACAGCCAACAGCAUCUUGAAAAUGAGGCCCAUUUAAUUUUACGUGGUAAAAGGCUACUUUCUCACUUUCUUAGAUGCCUGGAAAUGAAGUAGUAUUUUUUAUGAUGUCUCCUGUAUUUGGAUACAUCUCAGUGUCAUUAAAAUUUUACAAUCAGCAGGUCUGGGGUCUGCAGUCUACAAAUGUCAUACACCAAGUUGAAGUGAUGGGAAUGAUUGAAAAUCCGUACUUAAAUCAAAACACCCAGAAAAGUACUUGUCAAAUUUUCCUAACUAACAGAAUCCCAGAAUCAAAAAUUUAGAACCCCCAAAAAUCCUUAAAUAAUAAAUGAUCAUCCUCAUCAGUUGAAAUCUGGAGUACCUCUUCUGAGGAGAGGGCUCCUGAGUGACGAUUCUAAUACCUAGUAAAUAGGCUUACAUCUGGCUAUUAUGCUCAGAAGCCCUUCAAGCUAACCCAACCAGGCUGGCAACAUGCUGGCUGAUCGAGACAGGCAAGGCCACCACAUAGGACAUUACUUUUUACAAACUGUGUGUGGGUUUUUUUUAACAUUCCACAGAGUUUUUUGUUAAGUGUUGUGAAACAGGGCCUUAAUUGUUUAUCCUUCUUAUCCAAGAAGACUCAAAAGUCUAAUGGUUUGAAGAUGAUAAAGGCGGCGGUUUUUCCACCAUUAUUUAAAGAACCUAAGUGGUUGAACUUGUGGCCUCCUGCACAGCAGACCAUCUGUUAUCCAACUGAGCUAACCAGGUGAUGGUUCAGGGUUCAAAUUAAAAGUUUGAUUGAAUGAUUGAUUAACUGUUUGAUUUAUUGGUCAGGAGAUUAUAUGAUAAGUUGGUCAGUUGAUUGAUUGGAUAGUUUGUUUGUUGUUUUCCAGGAUGAUUGAUUUAUUGAUUGGCUUACUGAAUACAGUAAAAAUAUCUGUUUUGUUCAAGGAAUGGCUUCUUGGAAUAUCCUGUGUUCAGUCAGAAGAAAAACAGAGGAUCAUGAGAUUUGUAUUCAAGAAAGAUGCUAAAUCUGCUCUGGCAAGUACAAAUGCAUAUAACUGAUACCUCCUCCAAGCCAUACCGCCUUUCUUGUCAGUCUCUACUGUCUAACUUGUCACUUUAUCUUUUAGAUUGGAAGGCUGUUGAUACGGAAAGUCUUAAGUGAACAUCUAAGGAUUCCCUAUAAUGAAGUUUUACUAAAACGGACAGAAAAAGGAAAACCUUAUUUGGUAAGGAGUUUGUCCAAAACUUGGAUUGUUGAGUUAUUGAACAUUGUAAUGUACACCAAUUACAUACCUAGUAUUCAUGUGAUCAUACUCUCUCUGGACCAUGUGCUCUUGUAAUGGCAGCUCACCAUUAAACUGAUGUUGUUGCAUUCGAUCCUUGUCAUGUUCCAUAUUCUCUACCUUAACUAAUCAACAGGGAUCAGGGUUUGGAAAAAAGGGGUAUGCUGUGAAAAAUAAAUUAUGGCUCCUUGACUUAUACAUACUUUUAGAGGCUUUUGGGCUGGCUCAAUAAGGGUUUGGCUUAAACCCUGGGUUAGGGGCUGGGGGGAUGUUUUGAGCACACCAAUAUUUCUGAUUGACAAGUCCAUCAUAUCAUUAAAACUAAAAUUGACUCUUUAAGCGUCAGUUAAGAAAUCUUGUGUCUUUACCUGUGAGGGGUUGAAAAAAAUUAAACAAUGUAUACAAGGUGAGUUUCUGUCUCAAAGGGGUGUUUCAAUUUUCUUAAUGAGUAUCAUCUUGGAGGAACUUCAUCAUCCAUUUGCUUUUUUUCUCACAGGCUAACAUCAGUGAACCAUCUGUGAAAAAUUUUAACUUUAACAUAUCACAUCAGGUACUCCUUUGUCCAUAUAAUAAAAUUAAUAAAUAACAACAAAUUCACCAAAGUGGAGGUAGGUAGUGGUGGUACAGAGACGCGAAGCAGCAAGGUAAAUAACCACCACUAGCCACUGACACUGAGGUAAAUAAUUGUUUUAGUAUGUACUAAAACAGUGAGAUAAUUGAACACAAUAUUUAAAGGAUGGUUUUUAACUCAUUUGCUGUUGCCAACUAUUACAAUUUUGGUGCACAAUUUAGGUCAAUAUAUGUUUCUUGCUAACAAAUAAAAUUUUUGAAGGCAUUUGUUUAGCUCUUGCGGGGAAAUUUCUUCAAAAGGAGUUGUGAAUUCUUUUUGUAUUUAAAAUCGUUCUGUAAAAAAGAUCAUUAUAUUUAGCUUUAAUUAAGCUUAUUUAUGAACAAGUCAACUAAAUAAAGUAAUGCAAGACUUAAGUUUAAUUUGCAUUUGUAAACAAAAAACUUUUUCACCGGUUUCAUCAAUAAAUUCAAGUCAAAAAGACAAUUACCUGUUAAAACUUCCAAAAUGAACUGCGUCACCUUCUUUGUGCAUUUCAGGAACAGCUUGCUUGAUUAUUUGUGAAAUUUCUUUGUUUGUUACGGCAGCAAACUGGGAAGACAUUUUGCAUGCAACUAAUUAGUGAGUUUGGUGUCGCUCACUCAGAGGAACUGGAGGUGAAUCAGUGAAUAGUGCAGGAUAUUCACUGAUUGAGUAGCCAAUCGCAGCACGUGAAAAACACUAUCCACCGUUUUAGUAUAUAUUUAAAAAUAAUAUUAUUAACCUUUAGUUUUUGUUUUUGUUUUUGUUUUUUUUUAACAAAUGUAACAUAUUGAAUUUCCAUGUAUUUCUAUUUGUUUUAACUUGCUGUUGUAAAAAUGUGUAAAUGAAACCUCAAACUGUAACAUUUGGAUAUCUAAAAUCACCAAGUUACAUCUCUGACCUUUUUUGCCAGGGAGACUACACAGUUUUAGCUGCAGAGCCCAAAACUAAAGGUGAAUCUACAUGAACAUCUACAUUGCAGAAUUUAAACUUUAAUUUGCACAAAAUGGGAAAUAUUUAAACUUACAGAAUGCAUAGUGAUUGAAAUGCGUGAAGAGAAAGAGCCUAGGAAAACAUAAUCAUGUUCUCCUUUAGAAAUGCUCAUGCCUAAAGGUUCGGUCUAGUUAGCUCCCCUGUAAUACCACUUCCCCAAUGAAAAAACCACAAUUAAAGGUGACUACUUCUCCCAGCCCUCCCCCUUCCUUUGUCCUCUUUGAAGACCUAGUAAGGAACACCUGGAAUCAAGGUGGUGUGAACAGCCAUUUUAUUCAUACCUUCAUUACCAUGAUUUUAAAAUUAGGUCAUGCUAAUCUGUAUAAACCCUUAUCCUUGUACCCAGAUGCUACUAUAAAAGUUAUUUUACACCUUGGUUGACUGCAGGUUCAUCAGAUCUUGUGUCUUAUAGGGGGUUUUGGUCAACAUAUCGACAGUCAACCAAGUGUCGUUGAUAUGUCAGUGAUCUGUCGGCAGAAACAACUGACUAUAAGCAGCCUAUCUACCAAUAGGUUAUAGGGGCUGACCUCUGGCCACAUAUUGACCAAUACUUUAGCAAUACUUGACCGACAAUCAACCGACAGUCAACUGCUACUUACACACCCACACUUUACACAACUCAACUGACACUCAUCUAAAACUUGACCAACACUCAACUGAUACUUGACUGAUAAUAGACCUAUACUCGACUGAUACUCAACCAAUACUUGGCUGAUACUCAACCGAUACUCAAGGGAUAUUUAACCAAUAUUUGACUGACACUCAACCGAUACUUGGCUGAUACAACUGACAUUCUACCGACACUUGAUUGACACUCAAUUGAUCCUUGACCCAUACUCAACUGAUACUCAACAUAUAUUCAAUGGAUACUCCACCGAUAUUCUAUUGGCACUCAAGUAACACUCAACCGGCACUCAACCAACACUCGACUGAUACUCAACCGGCACUUGACGGACACUCAACUGAUACUUGACCAAUACUCAGCUGAUACUCCCCUGAUACUCCACCAACACUCGCCCAACACUCAACUGAUACACAGGGUUGUCACUAAGAUUUCAAGUUGCCGCGUAAAUACAUCAAGUAGGUGGGGAAUCAAACGGCUAGGGAUUUCUUUUGGUUCUAUUUUUCUUCUAUUUUCCAAUAAAAGUAGCCGGGGACCAGUCUCUUAGUAGCCGGGGAAAAUCCCCGGCCCCCGGCUCUUAAUGACAACCCUGGAUACAUGACUAAUACUUGACCGAUACUCCACCAAUACCUGAUGGAUACUCAAAUGACACUUAACUGACACUCAACCGACACUUGCCUGAUACUCAAUGAUACUGGAACAACACUUGACUGAUAUUCAACCGAUAAUCGACUGAUGCGUUACCGAUACUUGCCCUAUGCUUGCACAACACUCAAACAAGACUUGAUCAAUAUUAUGUUGACCAACAUGUUGACUUUAAAUGAUAUAUCGGCCAAUACAAUGGUGGACACCUUGUAUAAGGCUCAAGAUCCAGUAAAUCUUUGCUGUAGAUUGCAAGUGACUAAUUUGCAAGUAUUGUACAAAACUGUUGCUCCUUUAGUGAUGUCAGUUAUCGUUAUUUUUUUUAUUAGUGGGUGUAGAUAUCAUGAAAACUGUUUACCCAAGUAAGUGCCAGUGUUGUGACGAUGUAGAAACUUUUCACAUUUAAUAAUCAUUGUUUCAGACAAAGCAAAACAAUGAAAUAUUUGAAAAACCCUACACCUAUUAUUGUGAGUCAUUUUAGUCAUGUUAAUCAGUAUGUUUCUUUUAUUCUCUUUGGUAUUGCUUUCUUAACAUUGUGGACAGUAAACAAGACAGUGGACAGGAUUGCCAAAAUGAGAAAUGUUUAAUUUAGACUGUAGCUUACAAACAUCUGUAUUUUACCCGAGCAAUCUACAGCCGCUAAUGUGUUUAACAAACAACUUUCACAGUAAUUAAGCAGAACCUUUUGUUUUGUUGCAACUGACAGGUUCAUCAACAGUUGCUGGGUUUUUUCAAACCAUGCGUAAACAGUUCACUGCACAUGAAUGGCAAACAAUCAAAUCUCAGGAAUCAGAAUGGAAACAACUUGAGAUGUUCUACAGACACUGGGUAUGUUACAAAAUGUGACAACUUUAAAAUCAAUGAGGGACCCUAUGACCCUGCUAAAACAUCAGUGUUACUAUAUUGUUAUACCUUUGGUUCUUUUUCAGUGCCUGAAGGAGAGUUAUGUAAAGGCAACUGGAACUGGUAUAGGGCAUGAUCUACAGUCUGUUGAAUUCAACAUAAGCACUAAUGAAUUAUCUCCCCAGGUAGGCGAAUUGAUAUCAGCUUUACUAUCCUACUCUUGUGGAUCAUCACUGCGUUAAUUAGCCCUUUUUGUUGUUAUUGUAAUGUGAGGUAAAAAGGUAAAGGCACACAUGAGCCAAAGGCCCAAACGGCCGGAGCUUAUUCUUGUUCCCUUAGCACGUAGAAUGCCUAGAAGUGUUGCUACUCCCGCUGGAUGGGAUGCUAGUCCGUAACGUUACCCCAGCAGUACGUCGCCGGUACCCAUUUAUACACCUGGGUGAAGAGAGACAUAGUGGAGUAAAGUUCCUGGUCCAAGGAAACAACGUGAAGGACGAGGUUUGAACCCCGGACCUCCAGAUCCGGAGUUCGAGGUGUUAACCGCCCGACCACACACGCCCUCGCGUUGUGGAAAAAAGAUUGACCAUAAAAACAUACGUUUCAGGGACACGCACGUACGCAUGUAAGAACCGGAAAGAAUGUCAAAGGUUAAUAAAAAAGGAACAAAAGAAAUGUAAGUUAAAAACAGAGGAAAAUAAAUAAUGGCCGGAUGAGGGGAGCUACGUGCAGCUGCAUUAAUAAACUAGAGCACGUAGUUCGUUUUUAACAAUUCUUUGUUUCAAUAACCUUACUAAUGAUUCCUCACGUAUACCUAAUAUCUUAAAUAAACAUUUUUCAAAUGUUGGCAACAUCUUAGCAAGCAAAUUACCACCGGCAGAGCACCUCUUCACAGAGUACCCAGGGGCACCCAACGACAAUUUUGGGAAAAUAUCUGUUCGGAAGACGAUUUGAGAUCUAGAGUUUUCGGAACAUUUGUUGUAAAAUUUCUUGCUUGCCUACCUCUCCGAGGAUUUUCGAACAUCUAAAAAAUGGUAUAAUUGCCUAUUUUUAACGGAUUUUUACCCUAAAAAGGUCACCUAGAAUUUUCGGAAGCCCUUUUUCUGGCUGAAAUUUUCGAAAAGGUAAGUUUUGAUCCCUAUAAUUUUCGGAUCACUAGACUUUCAGCUAGGAAAUCCGAACAGAUGAAAAAUUGUUAGGGGAUAAAGAUAUGCCUUUAUCUACCGUUUAAAUACUAAAAUACGUUUAACAAUGCUAUGUUUAAGUGGUUUUGAACUAUAUUCUCGUUGGGUGCCCCUGAGUACCUAAGAAAGUCAAAUUCGCCAAAACUUUCGUUUUUCUUCAAACCUGUAACUCUAUCUGAAGUUAAAAUUCAAAUUUUAUCUAUACCAAAAAGCAAAUCGCAUGAAUUAUACUCCUGUCCUACUCAACUUCUUAAAUACUCAUGCGACGUCAUAUCUCCAGUUCUUUCAGACAUUCUUAAUACAUCUGUCUCUCUUGGGGCCUACCUAACAAAAAACUAAAAUGUCAAAAAUUAUACCUAUCUUAAAAGCUGACGACGAGACCGACACUUGUAAUUAUAGGCCAAUUUCGUUAUUAUCAAAUUUCAAUAGAAUCUUCGAAAAAAUUAUGUACGAUAAAAUGAAAGACUUAAUUGAAAAGCACAGCCCAUUAUAUUCGUCUCAAUAUCGUUUUCGUCAAGCUCACUCAACCUAACAUGUUAUUCUUGAUAUGGUAGAAACUACACAAACCAAUAUGGACAAAAUACUCUUUUUAUGUGGAGUUUUUAUUGACUUAAAAAAGCCUUUGACACUGUGAAUCGUACUAUUUUAGUUGAUAAACUAAAUUAUCAUGGCUUCCGUGGAAUUGUCAAUCAAUGGUUUUCCUCUUAUCUAUCAAAUCGCACACAAACUACUGAAAUUGGCUCUCAUAUAUCUACUAAACGAAAUAUUAAUUGCGGCGUACCCCAAGGAUCUGUACUAGGUCUACUCCUCUUCUUGCUUUAUAUAAAUGACAUGCAAUAUUGUUCGAGCAAACUCCAAUUUUUCCUUUUCGCUGACGACCCUAACGCUCUUUAUCCUCAGAAAGAUUUAAAGGACACUGAAACUUACAGUAAAUGCAGAAUUACAUAGCUUGUAUAACUGGCUGACUUCAAAGAAGCAUUCUCUGAAUGUUAAAAAAUCAAACCAUGUAAUUUUUCGUCCAUACCAAAAAAAACUAAACUAUGAUCCCCAGGUUAAUGUUUUUGACAAUGAAAGCAAUAAAAAGGUUACCCUUGAACGUAAAAACUUUAUUAAAUAUCUUGGGCGUUAGUCGAUUAAAAUCUAUCGUGGAAGACCCAUAUUGGGCUAAUUGCGCGAUAAGACAUAUUUUUCCCACUUGCACCCUCCUAAAUAUUUAUCAGUCACUAAUUGCACCUUAUCUAACUUACGCUCUUAUCUCUUGGGACAACGCGUGUAAAACUUUCCUUGACCAAAUUCUUGUCUUUGAAAAACGCGCACUGCGUUUAAUUUGCUGAAACAAACGACCACGCAUGCCCAAUACCUUUUUUGGUGAAUGCAAAAAUUCUAACCUUACGGUCUCUAUAUUAUGAAUCCGUGUGUAAUCUUACGUAUGAUGUAAAUAAAAGCACUGCUCUGGAUAAUAUUUUGAAACUCUUCCCUCGAAUUUCUAGUGUUCACACUUACAACACACGUGCCUCAACCUCUCAACAUUUUUAUACUAAAGAACUUCGAGUAGACGUCAAUCGAAAUGCCUUCUCGCGUGUUGGGGUCAAAAUUUGGAACGAGAUACCUCAAACUGAAGACUCCUACAAUCAAUGUAGAUACGAUUAUUGUGAAAAUGAAAAAGUAAUUCUCUUGUCCUUUAUUUUCAUUAUAUAUUAUUUUUAUAAUUCACUCAUAAAUUUUCCUUCUGUUCAAGUAGAGUGGAAUUUAUUGUAAAAUAUAUACUUAUAUAACGUCUAAUUUCUUUGUAUUUAUCCAGUUUGUAGUACAUUAUGUAGUCUGGCCUGCUUCGAAUAGCCUCGCUAACUGCAGGCCAGUCCCAGUGUAUUUUUGUAAUAUACUUCCUAAUUUAAGGGCAAUUUGGAAGCCAGGACAGGAGUCGAACCUGACCUCUUCUGAACUCAGAUUUCUUUUUUCUUGUUGCCUGUGGUACUGACUAAUAAAGCAUUGUGCUCAACGAGAAAUUCUGUUUGAUAACUUAAAUCAGUGGCCAUGCAUUAGGAUCCGGACUGAUUCAUUUGGCGGAUUGCAUUUUUUGAACAAUUAGAAGAACCGCCUUGUAUAGCGACGUGAUAGACGGUUGGAAAUAAAAGUACUAAUUCUUACUAGCUUUUCAUAGACAUACAUAUCUUGGAGUCUUUAAAAAAAGUGUGUCAAAGCUUGAAUGCUUGUAAAUAGUAGAUCUUUCUAAGUUUGUACUACUCCUUAUUGAUUAAAACAAUAUGCUUGCUACUAGACAAUAUCUCUGAAAUACUAGAGUAGCUAGAGAAAGUGUAUUUUUAGGAUGGCGUGGUGACUAGAAUGUUAGGCUGAUGUCAGGAUUUACUUUUUAGACCGUGACAUGCGAUACGCAGUUUUUCUUGGAUGAAGUAGAGAUGGAUGGUUGGCGAUUUGAGGAGACAAAAAUGGACAAUUUGGUAACAUGAACGUCAUUGUUGUUUGAGCCUCGUCUUUUCUUAUUUGGCAAGAUUACCGCGUUUCUUUCACGUAGUAACAUAAGUUCUCCUCUUUUCACUGUUUAUUUAGCAUCAAAUUGCUGUCGCUCUCGGUCCUUGGCAGAAUCCCGGUGAAGACAGAAGGUAUUUUUUGAUGACAAAAGAUUAUUUGUAGUCAGUACAUUCAGACUGUGAGGCUGAUGCGACAGUGGAAAAAGACAAGGCAUGUCAAAGCAGAUUGGUUAUUUGCAGGCUAUUUGAGUUGAUUUGAGUAGUUAUAGUUGAAUUGCGUGUGCUUACAUUCGUGUUUGUGUACAGCGCCGUACAGUAAAUUUGCGUUAUUGACCAAGCGUGAGGUUUAGAUGGCUGGUUAUUGACCAAGUUCUUUUUUGCGUCUUUAUGGACCGAGAAGAAGAGGUCAAUAAAAACGGAUCCCAAUAUCUAGCCAUCUUGACAAAACAAUUCUUCCAGGACCAACGCGGGAAAUCCCGGCGAGCAGGCAAUAGACCCAUCUCGUCCACUCAGGUAGCCAAUCAGAACACAUUAUUUGCUUUAUCCUAUUUUUUCUCAUUAUGUUAUUUUUUUCCUUUACAGGUCAUGUUUUUCCAAAUUUACGGAACUUCAGUUCGCCGAUAUCGUAUCAUCUGCUAUUCCUCUUUUCCCGGAAGAACAAUCCGACUGGGCUGCGUUUGAAUCAAAAAGAGAAAGAGUUGAGUAAAGAACUCCGUCUCUGUCAGGGGACGAAAUACGGAACAUGGAACUGCACAGAUAUAAGAUCAUUCCUGCCAAGACAUGCAUCGGUUGGGGAAAGUAUGGGUCCAUCUUACAAUUUAUUCCCAUCUUUACCUCAUCAGACAGAGGUUACUUAGCGAUAACAGAUCUUUGUUCAAUGCGUUUUGUGAGGGCAAUUUUAAUUGUCAAAAUAUCAUUAAAGCCGGUUCAAAUUGUUAACAUUCGUACUUCCGCUAAGGUACGAACAAUAUCGCGAUUUUUAACCCCCUCCCAUGACUUCACUGUACGCACUGAAAUGUAAAAGUUCUUAGAGCAAGUUGGCCCCGUAUACUUAAACUGAAAAGGGAGAAUUUCAUAAUAAAUCAUUAUCGCGUAUCUUAUAUUCUUAACCAACAGACGCAAUCAAAGUUGGAUUUAUCCGUGUAUUUUGUGAGUUAUGGACCUUUACACUUUG